AUGGGUCGAUCUCUUCGUAUUCAUCACAAGUAUCACAUGUCUGGAGACCUGCACAUUGGUGCCAUUCUGUCUCAGAUUUUUAUAUCUUCUGAAGAGUUAUCUUUGAGACAAGAUCCUGUUGGGAAACUUCAAGGAGAUACAAUUAAUUUUCUUGCCGGCUUUACUUAUCUUGCUUCACUGGAACUACUUUCAACCUGGGGCAAAUUUGUCCCUAACUACAAAUGUGACACCCAGGACAACCCAGCAGCAGUCAUUGGGGGACCUACUUCUAAUGUCUGUUUUUUCAUGGCACAUAUCCUGUGCGCCUAUAAAUUUGCACAGAUCACGUAUGGCUCUUCUCCACUAAUGGAUAACAAAAAGGAAGCUGUUUUCUUUCACCACAUGUUCCCAAACGAGACCCAUCAAUACACUGGGAUUCUCGACUUAAUGUUGCAUUUCCAGUGGACGUGGAUUGGAGUGAUUUAUCUAGAUAAUGAAAUAGGACAAAGAUUUGUACUUGAAGUAAUCCCCAUGUUCGUGCAAAAAGGUAUCUGCUUUGACUUCAUAAAAGCCAUAUCUCCCCUAAACUUUUUCAGUGAAAUGGAAACAAUGGCGAAGAAGCUUAUUGAAACAUCAUACCUCCUUGGGACAAGUACUGCCAAAGUAGUGAUCCUAAAUGGAGAAGUUCAGUCAAUUCUAGCUUUGAGAGUGUGGUUAGAAAUUACAUUUUAUCAUGAUUUACCAAAAAUAAAUAAAGUCUGGAUUUUGGCAGCUGAAAUAGAUUUUGCUUCACUCCCAGUUCAAAGAGACUGGGACCUGAGCUUCAUCCAUGGAGCUUUAUCUGUUUCACUUCUCCCCAAAAAAGUGUCAGGAUUCCAUGAAUUUCUGUGGAACCGAAAACCAGACACAGAUCGAGAAGAUGGCUUUAUCAGGGACUUCUGGCAACAGGCAUUCAUGUGUUCAUUUCCUGGGCCCAAUUUAGACGAGUCCCUUGAAAAUAUCUGCACUGAGGAGGACAAGCUGGAGACUCUUCCUAUGUCUGUUUUUGAAAUGAGCAUGAGCAGCCACAGCUACAGCAUCUACAACGCUGUCUAUGCUGUCGCACAUACUCUGCAUGACAUGGAUUCAUCCAACUUCAAACGCAGAACAACGGGGAUCACAGACCUUCCAAAAAUGCAACCAUGGCAGGUUCAUCACUUCCUAAAAAGUGUUAUCUUUAACAACACAGUUGGUGAAGAGAUUUCAUUUAAUAAAAAUGGGGAAUUAGUAGCUGGGUUUGAUAUCAUCAAUUGGGUCACAUUCCCCAAUAAGACCUUUAGUCGAGUAAAAGUGGGAAGGAUAGAUCCACAGUCUCUGCCGACCAUUGAGUUCACUGUUCAUGAGGAUGCCAUUGUAUGGCCCAGCUGGUUCAAUCAGGCACAACCUGUUUCUCUGUGUAAUGACAAUUGUUAUCCAGGUUACAGUAAAAGAAAGAAAGAAGGGGAGCCAUUUUGCUGCUACGAUUGCAUUCCAUGUCCAGAAGGAAAGAUUUCAAUCAAGAAGGAUGUGGAUGCCUGCUUUCAAUGUCCAGAAGAUCAUUACCCAAACAAGUUUAAGGAUUUCUGCAACCCCAAAUCUCUAAUUUUUCUCACUUUUGAAGAUGCUCUGGGAACAGGUUUGACCAGCUCUGCUCUUCUCCUUGUUUGUGUGACUGCUGGAGUGCUUGGGAUCUUCAUCAAACACCGGGACACUCCCAUUGUCAAAGCCAAUAAUCGGAGUCUCACCUACACCCUCCUCCUCUCCCUCCUGCUCUCCUUCCUUUGUGCUCUGCUCUUCAUUGGACAGCCACGGAAGAUGACCUGCCUCUUUCGUCAGACAGCUUUUGGCAUCAUCUUCUCUGUGGCUGUUUCUUCUGUGUUGGCAAAAACUAUCAUUGUGAUUCUUGCUUUCCAAACCACCAAGCCUGUGUCUCGUUUGAGGAAAUGGUUGGGGAAAAGAACGGCCGCCUCCAUUAUUCUCUUCUGCUUGCUCAUUCAAGUCACAAUUUGUACAGUAUGGUUGGCUACCUUUCCUCCAUUUCCAGAUUUUGAUGUAAACUCAAUGGCUGAAGAAGUCAUUCUCGAAUGUAAUGAAGGUUCUGUUUCCAUGUUUUACUGUGUCCUGGGUUUUAUGGGUUUCCUGUCUAUUUGCAGUUUCACUUCAGCAUUCUUUGCCAGGAAGUUGCCUGACAGUUUCAAUGAAGCCAAGUUCAUCACCUUCAGUAUGUUGGUCUUCUGCAGUGUGUGGAUUUCCUUUGUGCCAACGUACUUAAGCACCAAGGGAAAAUACACAGUGGCUGUGGAGAUCUUCUCAAUUUUGGCUUCCAGCACUGGGUUACUGGGAUUCAUAUUUUUCCCCAAGUGCUAUACUAUUGUCAUGAGCCCUGAUAUGAACAUAAGGAAACAACUAAUAAAUAGGAAACAUUAA